UAUCCUGGUGAAGACAGACAAAUGUCCGAGCUGACGGGACUCUUUGUAGAGAAGCCAGAAAGUGUGGUAGGCAUCGCAGGUAAAGAUGUAACAUUUGUGGUUAAGGUGGACUCCACUAACCUCACAUGUAAACCCACCAUGAAGUGGUUGAAGGGGAAGUGGAUGGACCUCGGCAGCAAAGCGGGAAAACACAUGCAAUUAAAAGAGUCCUAUGACAGAAACACUAAGAUCUACACGUUCGAGAUGAAGAUCGUCAAGGUGGUCCCAGGAGACGCAGGUGGAUACAGGUGUGAAGUUUCUGCUAAAGACAAAUGUGACAGCUGCACCUUUGAGAUCACUGUGGAGGCUGCUGAACAAGAGGGUCAAGAAGAUAUUUUGUCUGCCUUCAAAAGAGCUGAUGCUGAGGAGGACGAGGGUGAACUGAACUUCAGUGCUCUUCUCAAAGCCGUUAAAAAGUAACUUCUGAAGAGCGCUCAUCCCAGCGAGUACGAGAAGAUCGCGUUUCAGUACGGCAUCACUGACCUGCGUGGCAUGUUGAAACGACUCAAGAAGAUGAAGGCCAUGGAGCCCAAAUCCAGCGAGGCGUUCCUGAGACGACUGGAGUCGGCGUACUCCGUUAACAAGGGAAAGAAGAUCGUCCUGUCUGUGGAGGUGGUCGACCCUAAUGCUGAGGUCAAAUGGCUCAAGAACGGCCAAGAGAUCAAACCUUCUGCCAAAUACAUCAUGGAGUCCGAUAGAAACAUUCGAACCCUCACGAUUAACAAAUGCAGUUUGGCAGAUGAUGUGUAUGAAUGCGUGGUCGGGACUGAUAAAUGUUUCACGGAAGUCUUUGUUAAAGAACCACUGAUCACCAUCACUAAACUGCUGGAUGAUUACCAAGUCGUGGUUGGAGAAAGAGUGGAGUUUGAGAUCGAAGUGUCUGAGGAAGGAGCACACGUCAUUUGCCGAAGAUCAUCUGGAUGA